AUGACACGUACUAAGAAGGAAGCAAGGCAUGAUGCUGCAAAGGUUGCUUUGCUUGGUCUCAACAUCCCUGUGGGUAAGUGUGAUCAAUACUUUACGUGUUCUUAUGAAAUACCAAGAAUUAAAUUAAAUUUUCAGAACUUUACCUACAGAUAAGGACGAUGUUACAAGUAAGCUGUUUUAAGAAGUUUUGUCCGCAGUUAGGGUUUUGUACCUGCGUUUAAUUUUUUUAGUUAGCGAGUGCUUUUGAUUUGAGGAAAUUGAUGCAUGAAAGCCUGUCCCUUUCAAAGGCUUGUUGUAGUAACAAUAGCUAAUAAUACCUCUAUUUGACUUUAGUUGAGUCGAGAAAAGUUAAAUUGGCCACCAUAAAUAUUGUUUUGAAUGCCACCCUUUUGUCUGACCAGAUCCUUGAAUGUAGUUUAAGUUAUUUACUCCUAUUUACAUGGAGCUGUUAAUUUUUUUUUCCUGUUACUAGUAUAUGGCAUUAAUUUUAUUUUAGGUGUAUAUUAAAAUUAUGUAUACUUAUCAUUUUUGUAACAGUUGACCCAACACCCAACAAACCAAUGGCUGCAAGAACUGCUACAGACCAUCAGAGACUAAGAGAAACACAUGAGUUACAUCUUCUGAACCAAGCAGGGCAGCCGCAGCCCAGGGGGAGGGGGCAGGGGCAGCCAGUAGUUAAACCUCCUAGCUCUUCUUCCAUGCCAUCUGCUGCUGUUGGCCCACCAGUCUCUCAGCAGCCUUCUCAGAAUGGAGGUGAUGAAACUGCCUUCAACUUGCCUGAGGUAAUGAUCAUUUUGCAUUUUAGGUUUAUUUUAACAGUGAGUCUGUUCAUUUGGUGGUAGGGCAAGAUAGGUGCACCAAGGUGACUACUCACACGGGACCAGAUGUCAUGUUUUAAACACCUGUCACAAAUUCAAACUAUAAAAGUCCUUUUGAAUUGUUCAGCUUAAAGGGUUUGUACUGUGCGAGCAAAGGUUUCAGGGGCAAACAUCCCAGGGCCAAAGGAAUGGGGGAGGGGGAGCAUUAGGGAUGGGGUUAUGUUUGAAUUUGUAGAUUUUCUUCAUUUUGAUUUCAGAGGUAUAAAUUUGAGACACUAUUAUUAAGGACUAAGUUGUACAGUGCACCAACGAGAGUUGUUUGUUUCUUUUUUUACCCGCCUAUUUAAUCAAACAGACUAGCUUGAAAGAGCCUUCUUGGAUGAGCCUCACAAAGGCUUAGCAUAUCUCGUCUACCUCAAAUCUCUCAGAGUAGUACCUGGCGAUCACUUGGAGAUCAGAGAAUCGCUGUCCAGGCAUUAUUGACCUAGAGUAGGUCUUGAUUCAUUUCAUAAGUGAAAACAAUCGCUAGGCUUCUGCGCUUGUGAUCGGUAGGGUGCAAGCAAUGACCAGAACGCAAAAGAUGUUUGGAAAAGCAUCUUCAUCUCAAACACCAAGUGCUAAUAAAAGGUUGUGUGGAAGCUCCCUAUCUGUUGACUACCAGAGUGUUUUCCAUCUACGUAUCUCAUUUCCAAUGGAUUUGAGAAAUGGAGUGUCUUUCUCCCAGAACAGCAUGCCUUCUAGUUCAUCAUCCAGCUGCAGUGCCUUAUUUACUAUAAUCGUUAGCAUGAGACAAAGCAGAUGGCAGGCGUGGUGAUCUUUGUCAGAAAAUUGAUCUUGCAUUUGGAUGAUUAAGGAGUCAAGAAGAGGAAUAGCUACAGUCAUCUUGUAAUGGUCGAUUGGACUGGAACAUAUAUUAUAACUUAUAAUAUUAUUUUUGGUAUGAAAAAGGGAUAGACAUGGGUACCCAGACAAGUUUGAAAACUUCCCAAGGGGGGGUUGCAACCCCCUCAAACCUCCCCCUGGAUCUGCCUCUGGGUUUCUUUCUCUCUUCCAUGGCUUUUAGCAUUUACGAAGUUGUUCCAAGCCAUGCGAGAGAAACCUCUGCUCGCAGUGUGUAAAGGUUUUGAGCAGAAUAUGCUCUAUUCGACCAUACCAUCACAAGGAAAAAAACUCCUUACCUUUCUAGCAAGAAAAGAUCUUUCUAGAAGGCUAUUUGUUAAUCAUAUUUUUACAAACGUACAUUGUCUGUUAAUUUUCAGGCAACCAAUGGUGAAGCUGUCUCUGAUGAGUGGACAGCAGUGACCAGAAAAGGUAAGCCAUUUCAGUAAACAGAUUCCAUUUUUAUUAUUUUAAUUUUUAGUCAAAUAAAAUAAAUUUUAAAAAUUAAACAAAUUUUAAAAUUGUCCUCACUUUUUUCAAAAUUUCAAUAUUAUUGAAAUAAUACUUCUAUUAGUCAUGUUUCCUUAUGCACACCCCCUGUUAUGUGGACUCUUGGUUUGCUCUGUUUGGUGUCUGUUUUAAAGUCCAAAUGACUUGGAGUAACAUUUUACCCCUGGUUCUACCCUUGGUUCUUUUUCCAUUCAAUUACACAAGAGACAAUGUGAUGGUAAAAUUCAUGAUUUGGCAUAAUGAGAACUGUUUUAGUGGAGACUAGGGCCACUUUCCUGUCUUUAAUUUUGAUGUCACUUCACUGGGCCAUUCAUUUUGGAAGGGUUGUGACUAGAAUGGAUACUCCAAAGUCAGAUUGUCAUCUUCACUCAAAAUACAUGAUAGGAGUCUUAUAACUUAAAGCAUUAAAUAAGAGAAGAAAGAAAACAGUAGGUAGUAUGUAGGACUUGAACCCGUGUCAUUUAUUUUGAUGUAUAAUCCAUAUCCAUAUCCACUACACCAUCAAGGGCUAACUGCCGAGACCAGUUAAUUUUAACGUACAUUACAUUAUCAUUACAUUAUUGAAAGCUAACCCUUUUUAAAGCAGUGCUUAACCCUAAUGACUGUACUUUGGUGAUAAACCCUGUAUUCAACUCUUUUCCUUGCACAACUGUCUCCUACUCCGAUUUCCCCUCUUUUCUAAAAGUUCUUGUGCCCAAUAAAUGUGCCCAAAUAGCGUAGUGUAGAGAAUAGCGUUGGGUAAUAAUCAUAAGGUGUCCAACCUGAUUUUGAGGUAUCCAUGCUAGUCACGACCACUUUGAGAAUCUGACAACAAUUUUGAUGAUUUAUUAUAAAUGUUUGAUUGCAGGUGUUAAGAACCCAGUUUAUCAACACUCACUAAAGAUGGCUGGACGUGGUCGAGGAAUGAUCAGGAAGUGA